UUAUCGUUGAAUGUUGUUUGUGUAAUGAAUGGUGUAGUUGUGUUGGACAGGUAGCAGUUACAUUUAUGCAAGCUCUGGAAGAAAACCCCAACUCCUGAUGCAGCUGGAGAGCUAUGUGAAAAGGGAGCUUCAAGCUGUCAGCCCAGACCAGCCAAAAUCUCAAGAACUGAAGCUACAGGUCUACAGCCGUGCUUUUGCUUGUUUCAUCAGAGCAUUUAAAACCUACCAGCCUCUUCUUUCUGCCAUCAAAAAGGAAUAUGAAAACAGUUUAGUGCAUCAACAGGAACAAAUCCGAGAGCUGGAACCGCUGCGGUCCCAUCUGAGGCUGCUGACAGAGGAAUGCGACAGGAAGAUCCAAGCUCGUUGGAAAGAGGAGCAGGUCGAGAUUGUUGCCUUGAAAAGGGAGAAGCAGCAACUGCAGGAGGAGAUUGAAACCCUGAGGGAGAAAGAAAAGGCUGCGCAGAUAGUGGUGGACCAUCUGCAGUCAGAGCUGUCCAACGUGUACCUGCAGUACCAGGACGAGCGAGAUGCUCGCAAGUUGUUGAUCUGGCAGCUCAAUGACCUGACGAGAAGUCCAGGGAAGAAGGAGGAGGAUCCAGCAGUUAAAGAUACAGAAGAUUGUGGUGAUUCGGUGCAGCUUCAGCUGGCUCUUAAAGUGUGUCGAGAAGACCUGAGCAGAGCCCAGGAGGAGCUCACCAGGAUGAAAGCAGAGUACUGGGAUGUGGUCCCACGGCGUGACUGGGACGUGCUGGAGCAAAGCCACAAGCACACCCAGCUGCAGUUGAAAACACUUCAGAGUGACUUCGAUCAGCUGAAGUGUGAGUAUGAGACACUGCUGGAGCUCCAGAGAAGAGGCACCACACAGGCCAGGACACAGGUGUCCACCGCUGUACAGACAGAUGAGAGUUCAUCUCAAGGACAAAGCCCAAGUCAGUCCGGCCAUAUUGAGGAGCCAAUCAACUCUGACGUCCCUGAGAGUGAGGCGCUCCCUUCGCAGGAGUCUAGGGAGGCCCUGAGGACAGCGGAGUCAGAUGAGGAGACGGAUGCACACGUGAUCUCUGCUCAAAGUGAAGCAGACAGCAGCAGCGACACCUCGGCCUCUCAGAGACGCCGACGUUCAGCUGGAAGCACCUCCAGUCUCAAAUCUGACACCUGAUGUAAACGCUCGAAAUGUGACGCAUAUGUGGCCAUUUUACUGUGUUUGCUUCCU